AUGGCCAAUGUUCCCAAGACAAUGCGAUCCCUCGUGGCCCCUAAAAAGGGGCCGCCGAGCACCUUCGAAAUCGCCUCGAUGCCAACGCCAUCGAUCAAGGAGCCAACCGAUGUCCUGAUCCAUGUUCGUGCAGCCAGCCUUGGCACGGGGGACGUGCAGGUUGCGGGGGGUAAACUCGAGGUUUUCCACAAGGCCACGUUUCCCUUGAAAAUCGGAAUAUCGGGUGCCGGUGUCGUUGCCGCGGUUGGUGAUGGCGUUAAGCACCUCAAAGUCGGCGACGAGGUUUAUGGUGCCAACGUGUCUAAGCCCAUGUUUCGCGGGCCACCACCAGGGUUCGUCUCUGAAUACACCAUCUGCCCUGAGAAUCUCCUCAUUCGAAAACCGCCAAGUCUCUCUUUCGAGGAGGCCGCUUCGUUCACUCCCAUGGUAGUUGCGGCCUACCAGGUAAUCAAGCGCGGGCUGCAAGUCCGCGGGGAAGAGAGCCUCGAGGGCAAGACAGUGUUCGUGCCGGGUGCUUUGAGCGGUACAGGAUCGAUCAUUAUUCAAGUAGCAAAGAACUUCUUUGGUGCCGCCAAGAUCAUCUCUACUGUAUCCACAGCCAAGGUGCCCCUGGUGGAGGAAUAUCUCCCUGGCAUGGUCGACCAGGUUAUCGACUACAAGACGCAGAAGGUUAGAGAUCUUGUGCCCCAGGGCACUGUAGACUUCGCUGUCAAUACUCAGAUGUCUUCAAUGGACGACUGCAUCGCAGCGCUAGACAAGAAGACCGGCACGUUGAUGUCUAUCACCAGCAUUCCUACCAAGAAGGUGGCGACGGAGAUUAUUGGCGCAGACCGCUUUCCUUGGUGGUUUGGAGUCAUACUCGACUUGGCUCAAUACUACUACACGUGGAAAUUUUGGGGAACAAACAUCUACCACGAAAUGGUUUCAGGAAGCCCUGACAUUCGCGAGGAUCUGGAGGUGUCCGGCGAGAUCGUGGCUUUGGGUAAGGUGAAGCCGGUCAUGAGGGUUGUAGAACUGGAGGAUAUCGAGGCGGUACGAAAGAAUUGUGAGGAAGUAUAUGCGGUCAAAGGUGGCAUUGGGAAACUGGUCGUCGUCAUUUCUAAAUAA